AUGGAUAACGACACCAACAUGGGCGAGGUUCCCGCCUCCCGCCUCCUGGACCCCCAGAUCUUUGAGCACCUCAAGGAUAAGAUCGACGAGGAUCAGCAGGUUCGCGACCAGAUGAGCCAGACGGUCCAGAAGCUCGACAGGGCCAUCUCAUAUGUCCAGGGCCUGCUGUCCCGCAUCCACGCCACCCCGCGUGAGCAAUACCCCUCCCUGCUUUCAGACGUGCAGGCGGGCAUCCAGAAGGAGAUCGAAGUCAUUGGGGAGCUCGAGGAAAUCGCCUCCAAGCACCCCUACUACAAGUACAACCAGAAAUGGAACCGCCAGGUCCAGAACGCCAUCUUCACCGUCCUUCUCUGUGGCUGGUUGGGCGGCCUCACUUCCGACGGCAAGCCCGGUCCCAUCGCCCGUCUUCUGACCCUCGAGGAGGUCGGCAGCAUCUUCAAGGUCCCUGUUAACCUCAAGGACCGCGACGCCUUCCACCUCACCAUUGAGGAAUACCUUCUUGCCCUGACGGACCUGACACAGGAGCUCUCCCGCCUGGCCACCAACGCCGUGACCCUCAGCGACUUUGCCAUGCCCGUCGAGAUCAGCAGCUUCGUCAAGGACCUGUUCGCCGGCUUUCAGCUGCUCAACCUCAAGAACGACAUCCUCCGGAAGCGCGUCGACGCGGUCAAGUACGAUGUCAAGCGCGUGGAGGACGUCGUCUACGACCUCACCCUCCGCAACCUGAUCCCGCAAAAGAAGAAGGAGGUCGCUGUCGCCGAGUCGUCUUCGGCCCAGAAGGCAUAG